AUGCAGGGCGCAGCUCACACUGACAUGGAGCUCAUGUCCUCCAUGAUGCAAAAAGUCACUCUGUUGGAGCAAAAAAUAGAGGAACAAGCACAAGAAAUCCAGCUGAAGGACAGGAGGAUUGCUGAACUUGAAGAGAAGAUGAAGGCUAUUCAGAAAGGAGAAGAUGCUCCUGACUCAUCCACAGCAGAGGAACUGGAAAUUAGGUGCCUUCAGCUGCAGACCCAGGUCUGGGAGAUGGAGCAGUUUCUAAAUGACUAUGGGCUGAUUUGGGUUGGAGAGAGACAUGAACAGCUGGAAGAUUUAGAAUCACUCAACGACAAAGAAGAGUGGCCAGCAAGGACCCUCUGGAAGCCAGGUGAAGCAGUUGUUUCCAAACACCAGAUUGAUUUUGAUUUAAUCUUGGAAAACGUGAAGGAUUUGAAUGUGCUGGCUGGAGAAGGCAUUUCUCAAAUCGAGCACACGCCUGGGGGUGCUCGGCUGAGACAGCCAGAACCCCUCCCUCUUAUGCUGUAUCAAAAUGGGAUGGUCAUGUUCAACGGACCCUUUCGGCCCUAUGAGGACCCAUCCACACAGCAAUGCCUGCAGGAUAUUAUGGAUGGCUAUUUCCCUUCAGAGUUGCAGAUGCGCUACCCAGAUGGCAUCCCUUUGCAGGUCACUGACAGAAGGGAUGUGGUAUUUCGGGAGAGGGACCUUCCAGGGAGUUUUCCUGGGCACGGCCAAGUUGUUGGCCAUUCAAAAUCAAAUGAGGUGCAAGAAACCACCAAGAUCCCAGGUCCCAAACUCUCCGUGGAGCAGUUUCUCAACAAGCUUUCUAAGUCCUCGAAACAUGGAGAAGCGAUCAGUGUCCAAGAUUCAGCCAGAGCAGCGCAGCAGGGCUCUGAUGGGGUGCGGAGCAGCAAAGAGAUCCUGAUGGAGACACCCAGGCUGUCUGCCCUGGAGAGGGUGAAGACAGCUGAAGAGGCUGAAGGUUCUGCCCCUGAUAUCUGCACUCUCCGCAUCAAAUCUGAGAGUGGGGAGCAGACGUACAUCAUAAAGAUGCUCUUCACAGAGACCAUAGGGGACCUGCGCCAACACCUCGCCCACGCCAGGGGUGGAGACUCCGACUCAUAUGAGAUCAUCAGUACCUUUCCCCAGCGGGUGUACACAGACAACUCCAGGAGCCUGCAGGAAUGUGGCCUGAUCCCCAACGUCUCCUUGCUGCUGCGGAGAAGAGACCCCUCCCAACAAGAGGGGACAGGGCUGCAAACAGCUUAA